UCAUACCGAUCGUCGUUCGUUGCUACCGUCGUACCGUGUAGCCGUCGUACUGUCAUACCGAGCCUGUUUCUGCAUUUCCGUGUUCACUCUCUACCGCAGCCGUUCUAGACGGCGCCGCGCGGUCUCUAGUUUCUCGCCUCCCGCUUCUCUCUUUCCGCUCUUCGCUUCUCUGCACCGUAGUCCUUCUCCGCGCAUCUUUGCCGGUGAACCGGGACCCCGCGCUAUUGCCUGGACGCGGGGUGGCGGGCGCGGAAGCGCCGGAGGCAGCAGCACUGGCGUUGAGCGCGCCGAACCUGAACGGCGGGGAGGCGGCGGCGCCGUCGCCGCGAACAGCGGCGAAGAACGACGGCGAAGGGUUCGUUAAGUUACUUCGGCGCGAGGGAAAGAUGGGAACGGUGAGGGGAAAGGAGACACGGGGAAUAUGGAUCUGGGUUCUGACUAUGGCGCCUACUCCUGGUCGCGAUAUUGACACUUCCGACAGCAGCAGCAAGGGCGCGCGAGAAGGGGGGAGGGGGGGAAGGCGGGAGGGAGAAUCAGCAGCAGCAGCAGACGGUAUCCCGCAUUAAGCAGAAAGCGGCGGAGAAUAAUCAGCGGGCGGAGUUGCGCAACGCCGCGGUUCUCCGCUCGCUCUCCGCCACCUGCGCGGAACAGUGUUGUGCUCAGCAGUGGGCGCGGCUGCUCCCCGCGCUACUGCCGGCCGUGCGCUACGGUCGGUUCCCGCCGGCCCUGAAGGGCUUCCGCGGAGUGGCCACGCACUGUCUGUUGGUCGCGGUGUCAGUGGCGGCGGCGAAAGCGGUAGAUGCACGGCCGAGGGAGCGCGAGCUGGACCUGUGCGCCGUGA